AUGAAUUCCUUCGUGUUGAACAACAACAAGAAAUCUGGCGCGGUCAAAGUGACGAUCACGCCAUGCCAGCCCAAGACCCUGAGUCACCUGCCCAAGAGGCCGCCUGUGGACAUCGCCUUCUCCGACCUCAUGUACACCGUGACCGAAGGCACCAAAAACACUUCCAAAAAUAUUUUAAAAUCCGUAAGCGGCCGUUUGAGAUCAGGCGAGUUGACUGCCAUCAUGGGGCCAUCCGGUGCCGGGAAAUCCACACUGCUGAAUAUUCUCACCGGAUACAAAUGUUCUGGAGUUAAAGGUUCCAUCACGAUUAACGGACACGAAAGAAAUUUGAGUCAAUUCAGAAAACUAUCAUGUUAUAUUAUGCAGGACAAUCAGCUCCAUGCCAAUUUAUCUGUAGAAGAAGCUAUGCAAGUGGCUACUUCGCUAAAGUUAGGGUCAGACAUAUCGAAGGACAGCAAAUAUCAAGUGAUUCAAGAAAUAUUAGAAACAUUAGGUUUACAAGAACACCGAAGGACAAUGACAAGCAAUUUGUCAGGUGGACAAAAAAAACGUUUGUCCAUUGCUCUUGAACUUGUGAACAAUCCUCCCAUUAUGUUUUUCGAUGAGCCAACUAGUGGCUUAGACAGUAGUUCUUGUUUCCAAUGUAUUUCCCUGCUGAAAUCGCUGAGUCGUGGCGGCCGUACAAUCAUCUGUACGAUUCAUCAACCCAGUGCUCGGCUGUUCGAGAUGUUUGACCAUCUGUACACCCUUGCCGAAGGACAGUGUGUCUACCAGGGAUCCACGAAACAACUCGUCCCUUUCCUCGGCACCCUCGGACUCGAAUGUCCCAGUUAUCAUAAUCCCGCUUCUUACCUUAUCGAGGUGUCAUGUGGCGAGUAUGGUGACAAUGUACGCAAAUUGGUGACGGCCAUUAACAAUGGAAAAUAUGAUAUUCAAGUUGGUAAACCAUUCCCUCAACCAGAAAAUUUGAAUAAUGUCAACCAGAAGGAAAUAAUGAAAAGUAGCAACUUGUCUUCAAACUUCAUUGAAAUAGAUAAAUUAUCAAAAUCUGUGGAUUCUGAUAGUUUAUUGCAGUAUUCAGGAAAUCAAUUUUCUAAACCUGAUGACGCUAUUAAUACAGAAUUAAGUUCUAUUAAAACUGGAAAUCUAAAUAAUGCAGAUGAAGCAACUGAUACCUUAUUAAAGAACGGUUUACCAAGUAGUCAACAGCGAUAUGCUACAUCUGAGUUUGCUCAAUUUUGGAUUGUUCUCAGGCGGACAUUACUGUUUAGCAGAAGAGAUUGGACUCUUAUGUACUUACGUUUGUUUGCACACAUUUUGGUCGGAUUUUUAAUUGGUUCUUUGUAUUAUGAUAUUGGUAACGAUGGCGCCAAAGUACUUAGUAAUCUUGGAUUUUUAUUUUUCAACAUGUUGUUCCUUAUGUACACAUCAAUGACAAUCACCAUUUUAUCAUUCCCUCUAGAGUUGCCCGUUUUGAUAAAAGAAAAUUUUAAUAGAUGGUAUUCUCUUAGAUCAUAUUAUUUGGCAAUUACAUUAUCAGAUAUUCCGUUUCAGGCAAUAUUUUGUGUCAUGUAUGUGGGUAUUGUGUAUUACAUGACUUCACAACCACUUGAAAUGUUCAGAUUUGGUAUGUUCUUAUCAGCCUGUCUUCUCAUAUCAUUUGUAGCUCAAAGUGUUGGACUCGUAGUUGGAGCUGCGAUGAAUGUACAAAAUGGAGUGUUCUUAGCACCAGUCAUGUCUGUACCUUUCUUGCUGUUCUCUGGUUUCUUUGUGAGCUUUGAUGCUAUACCUAUUUAUUUGAGAUGGAUCACAUACUUAAGUUAUAUCCGUUAUGGUUUUGAAGGCACAGCAUUGGCUACUUAUGGUUACAAUCGAACAAUUCUCCAAUGUCACCAGAUUUAUUGCCACUUCAAAAAACCGAGUACUACACUAAGGGAAUUAGAUAUGACGGAUGCAAGCUUUUCUUUGGAUAUUGUUGCCUUGAUUAUAAUAUUCUUUGUGCUACGUAUAUCUGCAUUCAUAUUUCUCCGAUGGAAGCUCAAGUCUUCACGUUAA